AUGGCGACCAUGGCCCCGGAGUACGUGGGCAAGACCAGCUUCUUCGGAAGCAACACACCGCUGCCCCUGGAAUCAGGGUACGCCAUCGUGCUGGGAUUCGGUGCCUUCUUCUCCGUUCUGACCACAGUCCUGGUGUACUUGGACAAGUAUGCCAACAACACGGAGCACACGUCGGAGUUCUUCAACACGGCUGGCCGGUCUGUGAAGACCGGACUCACCGCAUCGGUGAUUGUGUCGCAGUGGACUUGGGCGGCCACGUUGCUCCAGUCCUCCAACGUUGCGUGGAACUACGGCGUGGAUGUCGGGAGACCUUCUGGUACGCCAGCGCGACACAUCCAGGUGCUGCUGUUCGGCAUCCUUGCCAUCGAGGUGAAGCGCAGGGCGCGCACUGCGCACACUGUUUGUGAGAUGGUGCUGGCCAGGUGGGGCAAGCCGGCUCACCUGACCUUCCUUUUCUUCGCUUUGCUGGCCAACAUCAUCGUGACGUCCAUGCUGCUGCUGGGAGGGGCAGCCACUGUGAACGCACUUACCGGCGUGAACACGGACUUGGCUUCCUUCUUGAUCCCAUGGGGAGUGAUCCUCUACACGGCGGCCGGUGGCUUGAAAGCCACAUUCAUGGCUUCCUACCUGCACACCGCCAUCAUUUUCCUGGUUCUGGUGGUCUGCGUGUACACCGUCUACGUGAAGGAGUUCUCCUCGGACCUCAUUUACACAGGACUGCAGACGGUGUCCGGCUACACCACGGCGCAGUGUGAGGCGCUCUACAGCGCGAAUGGCACCACCUUCUUUGAGGCGGGCAAGUAUUCGUGCGGGCCUGUGCCCGAGAAUGAGGGCGGGUCCUACCUCACCAUGCUGUCCGGCGGCGGCCUGAAGUUCGGCAUUAUCAACAUCGUGGGCAACUUUGGCACAGUCUUCGUGGACCAGUCCUACUGGCAGUCUGCCAUUGCCGCCAAGCCCACUAGCGCGCACAAGGGCUACCUGCUGGGCGGCCUCGUUUGGUUCACCAUCCCGUUUGCCCUGGCGACGUCUUUGGGACUCUCCGCAGUCGCGUUGCAGCUGCCCAUCAGCUCUGCGGAGGCGGGCUCGGGCCUGGUGCCGCCGGCCGUGGCCACGCACCUCUUCGGCAGCUUCGGGUCCGUGAUGAUGGCGGUGAUGCUGUUCAUGGCCAUCACCUCCACGGGCUCGGCGGAGGGCAUCGCGGUGUCGUCCCUGGUGACCUACGACAUCUACAAGACCUACAUCAACCCCCAGUGCACGGGCAAGCAGGCCCUGACCAUCUCCAAGGUGGUGGUGGUGAUCUUCGGUUUGGCGAUGGGUGCUCUGGGUGUGGCUCUGAACUACAUGGGCCUGAACCUGGGCUGGGUUUACCAGUUCAUGGGCAACGCCAUCGGCUCGGCGGUGGUCCCCCUGUGGAACUUGCUGAUGUGGAAGGAUGCCAACGCCAUUGGGGCCGUGGUGGCGGCCUGGGGCGGCAUGGUCUUGGCGCUUGCCACCUGGCUGAUUGUGUGUGCGGCAGAGUUCGGAGAGAUCACCGUGGACAACCUGGGCACUCUGAACCCGAACCUGGCGGGCAACAUCGUGGCGCUGGCCUCGUCCGCGCUGAUCCACGCUGGCUUCUCGCUGAUGUGGCCGCAGAACUACGACUUCGAGUCCAUGGGCAAGAUCGAAAUGCUGGAGGCGGACAUGAGCGGCCUGGACGAGAAGGACUACACGGACCAGUUCCUGGAUGAGGCGAAGCGCUGGAUCACCAAGUGGGGCUGGGGCUUCACCGUCUUGAUGGUGGUGAUUUGGCCGCUCUUGUCUCUGCCGGCGGGUGUCUUCUCCAAGGAUUACUUUGCCUUCUGGGUCUUCAUCAGCAUCGCCUGGAGUUUCGUGGCCACGUUCGUGAUCAUCGUGCUGCCAAUUCAGGAGUCCAUGGAAGCUAUCACCGGGGUGUGCUACUUCAUCGUGGGCAAGAAGGCCCCGGCAAAGGCGCCAGCACCGGCGGAGCCGGAAGCCAAGGCAGACGAACAGGUCCUCUAGCCUCAGAAUGUUUCCGUGAAGUUAUAAUGUUUUUGGCCUCCGGGCACUUCUUCCUGCAAAGACUCCAGCCGCUUGGCUGAUCUAACACAUCGCUUCAGCGGGAGAUCUACUUUGUAUAUUGUCAUUUUUUCUUAGUGCGGCUCCGAGCACACGAAGUGGAGCUUCGGGCGUGUGAGCCGCAACUGAGCCUUGAACCCUGCAACUGAUUUUGGCCAUUGUCGAGCUGGAGAGCUACUGCGCUUUGCUCCGCAAAUGUUGAGCAGCAGUGUCCUUUCCCAUGCAGUACUUUGUUCCACGCAAAGGCACCUUGGCACUUCGAGAAACCUGCAGCAACGC